AUGGCUGAAGGUCGAUCGCCUGUAAUGGAGCCCGGAGCCGAUCUCAAACAUCUUGAAUUAAUGCUAGACGAUAAAAAUCAUAAAAAGCGCAACAAGAAACAAGACAUGCCCUACGAAGGAAAACUUGAAGGCUGGUCUUCUGUUGACGAUUCCAUGGAAAAGCUCAGUCUCGACUCUGUGAACGAUAAAAAGACACUUUUAAAGGCUGAACGAAAGAAGCUUGCAGCUGAGGCUUUUGCUAAAGCUGGAGGCGUGCCAAAGCGAGAAAAACGCACUAAAGCUGAGCGUCGAGCACAACAAGAGGCAAGUCGACAACAGAAAGAAGUUAAUAAUUCUAAAGUGAAGAAAGCAGAGACUGCUGGAGUACCAAACGCUACCCCAGUGAACGUACGACUGCAAUAUGAUGAUGCCAAAAAGAUUGCAAGACGCUCGAAAGCCGCUGUUGUCGUGCGUACACAGGCCCAGAAACAGGUGGAAAUGUUUGCACACUUGCCUCAGUACGAACGCGAGAGUUCCUUAUCUCUAAACGUUGGCUUCUCUACCAAGGAAGAUAUUCACGCAGCUGUGCUAGCUCUUGGUCUUAAGUACGCAGAAGGACGGAUCUCUGGCAGCAAUGCGCGGUGUAUUGCAAUGAUCACAGCGUUUGACCAAGUUAUUGAUGAUUAUGUGACGCCACCGGAGUCACAGCUUCGACGAGAUCUCGAUAAGCGUUUGCGGCCGUUAAUUCAGUAUCUUAUUGAUUGCAGACCACUCAAUAUUGGUAUGGGCAACGCAAUUCGUCGACUGCGUCGAGUUAUUGGCUCGACGCCACCUGAGCUUAGUGAAGAAGAAGCCAAACGGCGAAUUCGCGACGAAAUGGACGACUACGUACAGAGUCGCAUAUUGCUGGCUUCGCGUGCGGUCGUGAAGAUUGCACAGUCGAAACUUAAUCCAGGAGACGUCAUUUUGACGUACGCGCGAGCAAAUGUCGUUGAAGAGUUACUGCUUGAGACGGCCAAGACAGCGCCAGAAACAGCUGCAACCCUGCGCGUGAUCGUUGUGGAUUCCCGACCGCAUUAUGAAGGUCGAAAACUCGUCGGCUCCCUCGCCGGCGCAGGUCUUCAGUGUUCUUAUUUGCAGAUCAAUGCGCUGUCAUACAUUAUGCGCGAGGUCACCAAAGUGUUUCUCGGCGCCUCGGCUUUUAUGAGCAACGGAGUAGCUGUGGCUCGCGCGGGUACGGCUUUGGUGGCUAUGACGGCUCAUGAAGCCAAUGUCCCCGUUCUAUUUUGUUGCGAAACGUACAAAUUCUCGGAUCGUGUACAAUUAGACGCAAUCACGCACAAUGAGCUAGGUGAUCCGGACGAUCUCGUAUCUUCUUAUUGCAUUGACAAGCGACGUCGUACUGGCCGCAAUGUGACAUCCAGCGGUCACAUUUUGUCCGACUGGCGUGAUCUUGUUGACCUCAAACUUCUUAACCUCGUGUACGACGUGACUCCGAUCGACUACGUGUCGAUGGUCAUCACAGAAGUGGGCAUGAUUCCACCUACGUCUAUCCCUGCUAUAAUGCGUGAAUACUCUCGUGAUGGCGUCGUUGAAGGAGUGCUUUAG